UACUGUUUAUUUGUGGCAGUGGCUGAAUGAUAGUUUAAGACAAUUUGAAAGUAUAAUUAUGUGAAGGUAGUGUACUGUAUUGUCGUGCAAAUUAAUUCUUGCAGUUAAAAUACGUAUUAUCUAAAUAUUAAGUAGGAUCUUUAGUACUGCUUUAAAAUACAGAAUUGAAGCGUAAAAAUGGAAAAGACGCCGAAGAGGAAGAAGAAUAUCGACGGCAAUGAUGUAUUCGACAGUUUUCAGCAAAAACGCAUGAAACAAGAAGAUUUGGAAGUGACCGGUGUAUCACGAUCAGGACGCGUGCGAAAGAAGUCAUCAAAGCUGAUGGACUUUGAGUCUCCAGAUGAGAUUGACAGUCGGUACAAACGUCGAAAUGAAAGAAGUGAUUCUACUCCUAUUCCUUCAGCAAUACCAGUGUCAAGCCAUAGUGUUGUUGGAAGUAGCCGUGGUCGCAAGCCCCUGCAUCAUGCAGGCAGCAGUGGAGGACCAUCAGCAGUGCCUGUGCGAGGAAGUUCAUUGGAAAGAAGUCAUCAAGAUAUGAUGAAGAUGGAUGCACAGUCAGAAAUGUCAGAAAAAACUCGUUUCACAGCCUACAUGUUAUGGGCAAAAGACAUUCGUCAAGAAAUCUUACGAGUGAAUCCAGAGAUGGAUUUUGCAACUAUGAGUAAACGCCUGGGAGAACUCUGGGCAACAGUACCAACAAAUGAAAAAUAUAAUUGGAAACGACGUGCCAAACGUCUAGCAGUAAAAGGAACUCCAGGAAGUACUGUAACAAAUAUUCCAAGCAUGGAAGCAGGAAAGUACAAGACCCCUGCUUCCAAAUCUAAGUUUAUUAACAAACAUGGAGGAAGAGGCCAGCAGCAACAGCGGGCAGGUGUUUCUGCAGGUCGAGCAGCAGCAGGCAGUGAAAAGCAACAGCAGCAAGCUGGUCAGAUGGCCACAUCACCAGUUGGAAAUGCCACUGUUUCCCCACAGACUCCAGCAGAUUCCAAACCUGGAAAGACUGGUUUGGUAACAGAGCCAGUAGUUGGUCCAGGCCUGUACAAAGUUAUUGGAACACAGCCAGUGGACGUUGCAGCUCACCUCAAGCUCCUUGGAGAAUCCCUUACUAUCAUUGGUGAGAGGCUGAAGGAACAUGAAGGUCAAAUUGCAGUGUCAGGCAGUUUGUCUGUACUGCUGGAUUCACUGCUGUGUGCCCUGGGUCCUUUAAUGUGCUUAACCCAACAAGUGCCUGAAACAAAUGGCUGUCCACAGGAAUUACUGAAUAAAAUUCUUGACAACAUAGCAUAUUUCAUGCCAGGUCUGUAGAAGUAACUGGAAUGUGUGACAACCUCACCAUUAGCAUAUUUCUUGAACUCGUUAAAUGUCAAAAUUUGAAACUCCUCUUGGUUUCAGGAAUUGUGUCCUCUGGCUUUCUUUUAUUAUCACAUGCAUUCUUGCUGUAAUGAUAUUUUUAAUGUAAAUAUAUAGCCACACCACAGA